UGCAGUGGUGGUGCUGGAAAAUGGCGAUGGAGAUCACUCAGUUUCUACUGGCUGCUCAAUCGGCGGAUGCAAAUGUCCGUAAUGAGGCAGAGAAUAAUCUGAGGCAGCUCCAACAGCAAAACCUGCCAGCGUUUCUGUUAUCUUUGUCUUUUGAGCUUGCCAACAAUGAGAAACCUACUGAAUCCCGUAGAUUGGCUGGUAUCGUGCUUAAGAAUUCCUUAGAUGCAAAAGAUGCCGGUACAAAGGAAGCUCUUGUUAAACAAUGGAUGACGAUUGACAUUUCCUGUAAGUCCCAAAUCAAAGAUUUGGUUCUAAGGACUCUUGCCUCACCUGUUCCAGAGGCAAGGCACACGUCUGCUCAAGUGAUUGCGAAAAUUGCUUCAAUUGAGAUUCCACAAAAGCAGUGGCCUGAACUUAUUCAAUCAUUGCUUACCAAUAUGACCCAACAAGAUAGUCCUGCAUCACUGAAACAGGCAACCCUGGAAACUCUUGGAUAUGUUUGUGAGGAGAUAUCCCAUGAGGAUCUUGUGCAAGAGGAAGUGAAUGCUGUUCUCACUGCUGUUGUACAAGGCAUGAACCUUGCUGAGCAUAGUGCUGAAGUCCGCCUUGCAGCAACUAAGGCUUUAUAUAAUGCACUAGAUUUUGCUCAGACCAACUUUCAAAACGAGAUGGAGCGGACUUACAUCAUGAAGAUGGUGUGUGAGACAGCCAAGUCGAAAGAGAUUGAGAUUAGACAGGCUGCUUUUGAGUGUCUUGUUUCAAUAGCAUCAACAUACUAUGAUGUGCUUGAACCUUACAUGCAGACCCUCUUUGAGCUGACGUCAAAUGCAGUGAAAGGAGAUGAAGAGGCUGUUGCUCUCCAAGCAAUUGAGUUUUGGAGCUCCAUAUGUGAUGAGGAGAUAGAGCUGCAAGAGUUUGAGAAUCCUGAAACUGGGGAUUCCGGUUCUACCCAUUCCCAUUUCAUAGAGAAGGCACGGUCUUCUCUGGUUCCUAUGUUGCUUGAAACUUUGCUGAAGCAGGAAGAGGAUCAGGACCAGGAUGAUAGCAUCUGGAAUAUCUCUAUGGCUGGUGGGACAUGUCUAGGUCUUGUUGCUAGAACUGUUGGGGAUGAGAUUGUGCCUCUUGUAAUGCCUUUUGUGGAGGCUAACAUAAUGAAGCCAGAUUGGCGUUGUCGUGAAGCUGCUACAUAUUCUUUUGGUUCAAUACUUGAGGGUCCUACCAUUGAGAAACUUGCUCCGCUAGUUCAGACAGGUUUGGAGUUUUUGCUAAAUGCAAUGAGGGAUGAGAACAAUCAAGUGAAGGACACAACUGCGUGGACUCUGAGUCGAAUUUUUGAGUUGCUGCACUGUCCGGCUAGUGGUUUUUCAGUGAUUUCCCCUGAUAACCUCCAACGAGUUUUGACAGUACUAUUGGAGAGCAUUAAGGAUGCUCCCAAUGUGGCUGAGAAGGUUUGUGGAGCAAUCUAUUAUCUUGCCCAGGGGUAUGAAGAUACUGGAUCAAGCUCUUCUCUUCUUUCACCUUACCUAACAACCAUUAUUGCUGAACUUCUGAGGACUGCUGAUCGUACAGAUGGAGGUGACUCAAAACUAAGGUCUUCUGCAUAUGAAACAUUGAAUGAAGUUGUUAGAUGUUGUAAUAUCUCAGAAACAUCUCAGAUCAUUGCAGAGCUGCUCCCUGCCAUCAUGAGUAGGUUAGAUCAGACUUUGCAGCUUCAUAUCAUAUCAUCGGAUGAUAGAGAAAAGCAAGGAGAUUUACAGGCAUCUCUCUGCGGUGUUCUUCAGGUUAUUGUCCAGAAAUUCAGCAGUACUGAUGACACCAAAUCUAUUAUACUCCAGGCUGCAGACCAAAUUAUGGUUUUGUUCCUUAGGGUGUUUGCUUGCCGUAGUUCUACAGUACAUGAGGAAGCAAUGCUUGCAAUUGGUGCCCUGGCUUAUGCCACUGGACCCGAAUUUGCAAAAUAUAUGCCUGACUUUUACCAGUAUUUGCAAAUGGGAUUGCAGAACUGCGAGGAAUACCAGGUUUGUUCUAUCACAGUCGGGGUAGUUGGUGACAUCUGCCGUGCCUUGGAUGACAAGGCCUUGCCAUAUUGUGAUGGAAUCAUGUCUCUUCUAUUGAAUGAUCUCUCUAGUAGCCACCUCCACCGGUCUGUGAAGCCUCCCAUACUUUCUUGCUUUGGGGACAUUGCUCUUGCAAUAGGAGAGCACUUCGAGAAGUAUGUUCCCUCUACACUUCAAAUGAUGCAGGAAGCGGCUAAGGCCUGUGCCCAAUUGGAUAUCAACGAUGAGGAGAUGGUGGAUUAUGGGAACCAGCUCAGGCGUAGUAUAUUUGAAGCGUAUUCUGGUAUUUUGCAAGGAUUCAAGAAUGCAAAGCCUGAGGUGAUGCUGCCAUAUGCUCAACAUCUCUUGCAGUUUAUAGAAGUAGUAUUCAGAGACAGACAGAGGGAUGAGAGUGUUACUAAAGCUGCAGUCGCAGUGAUGGGUGAUCUUGCAGAUGCACUUGGUCCAAACACAAAGAUACUAUUUAAAGACUCUGCAUUCUUUCCUGAAUUUCUGGGUGAGUGCCUUCAAUCCGAGGAUGAACAGAUCAAGGAAACUGCUGGUUGGACCCAGGGGAUGAUUGGACGUGUUAUGGUUUCAUGAUCUCAUGAAACCUGUCUAUGGAAAUAAUUAUCUCUUCUUUUCCUUCUUGUUAAUGCUGUUCUCUUUUCAAAGAUUUCCGGUCCAAGGUUAAGAUUCUUAAGGAGUUUAGCAAACUCAAAAAUUGGUAAAUUCAUCAGGUCAUGUAUCAACCUUUCUUUUCUACUGCAGUUGGUCUACUUGCUGAACUCUUCUUUAAGUUGAAUGCAUCCACUAAUCGGUGGUUUAUUGAGUCAGCUUUUAUGUUAUUUUCAAACUUUAAUGCUCUUAUUCACUUAUAUUAGCUUUACUGCUUGAA